AUGGAGGGGCUGCAAGUAGACAGGGAGGAGGAUCUGCCAGUGGAAAGGGACAAUGGAACAUCAUCAUGGGAGUUCCUCCUGCUGGGAAUGGGGAAUGUCCCCUCACUCCAGACACCACUCUUCCUCCUCUUGCUCAUGAUCUACCUGGUGACUGUAGUUGGGAACAUCCUCAUCAUUGUGCUGGUGGUGACAGACCAGCAUCUGCACACAUCCAUGUACUUCUUUCUGGGCAAUCUCUCCUCCCUGGAGACCUGCUACAGCUCCACCAUCCUGCCCUGGCUACUGGCCAGCUUCCUGACUGGGGACGGGACCAUCUCUGCUCGGGGCAGCAUUGCACAAUUACAUUUGUUUGGCUCUUUUUCAGUUAGUGAGUGCUACCUGCUGGCAGUCAUGUCCUACGAUCGGUACUUGGCCAUAUGCCAGCCCCUGCUCUAUGCAAGCCUCAUGACCUGGAAGGUCUCUCUAAAGCUGCCAACAGCAUCUUGGCUAGUAGGAUUCCUUAUCUCUACAGUAGUCACUUCUUUUCUAUCUCAUUUAAAGUUCUGUGGUCCCAAAGAAAUUGACCAUUUCUUCUGUGAUUUUAUCCUAUUGCUGGAGCUCACCUGCAGUGACACCAGUGUGGUCAGACUGUUAGCUUUCACACUCUCUCUCCUGGAUAUAGUCUUCCCAUUCCUGUUCACAGUGGCCUCCUAUGCAUGCAUCAUAGCUGUCAUUCGGAAUAUCCCAUCCAGUGUGGGCAGGCAGAAGGCCUUCUCCACCUGCUCCUCUCACCUCACUGUCAUCACUGUUUUCUAUGGCACCCUCAUCAUUGUCUACAUGCUGCCCAGAACCCCACAGCUAAGGCAGCUCAACAAAGUGUUCUCCUUUUUCUACACCGUCCUCACGCCCCUUGUCAAUCCCCUCAGUUACAGUCUGCGGACCCAGGAGGUCAGGGAGGCCCUGAGAAGAAUGCUCAGAAAAGCUUUGGCCAUCUCCAGAGCUCAGAACAUUGCUGUGCCAGUGUCUUAA